AUGGUGAGAGAGUCGUACGGACGAAGAACGUUCGCGGCGGAGAGCGGCGUGGUCAAGCUCGCGAGCGAGGGGUUCUUGGCGAGAAAGGCGUGCGGGGACGAUUUACACCCUCCCACGGCGCACGCGACGGCGUUUAACGCGCAUAAUGCGCCUGACAAUGAUUUACAGCUCGAUUUUGCGUAUGGGUAUCGAGGACACGACGCGCGAGGGAACGGGGCGUACAACGCGGAUGGGAAAAUCGUAUACACGACGGCGGCGUGCGGAGUGGUGUACGACGGGGUUGAACACGUGCAGGACUUCUUCACGUUCCACAGCGAUGACAUCUUGUGCUUGGCGAUGCAUCCAGAUGGAGAAAUAGCGGCCACGGGGCAGGCUGGUCGAGAUCCCGUGGUGUGCGUGUGGAGCACGAAGACGAAUCGAGUCUUGGCCGAGUUGAGGGGAUUUCAUCAACGCGCGGUGACGAGCUUAAGUUUCGAUGCGACGGGAAAAUUUCUCGUCACUGUUGGCUUGGACGACGAGCAUUCUAUUGCUGUGUACGAUUGGGAAAACAAGAAAGUCCUCGCCAACUCUAAAGGCGACACGAAGAGAAUUUUCAAUUGCAAGUACAAUCCACACGACGGACGCAUCGUCACCGUUGGCGAACAGCACGUGAAGUUUUGGGUAAUGGAAAAUGGCUAUCUUGUCGGUAAAAACGGCGUUUUUGGGCGCUUGGGGAAGCCAUCGACUGUUUUAUCCAUCGCAUUUGGCGAGGACGGGAGCACAUUUACUGGAAUGCAGCACGGUACCAUCUACCAGUGGGCCGACGGUGGAGAGGAGUGCAUACAGAAAUUUGACUUUGUUCACGAGGGGCCGGUGCACGAUAUCUUCGUCACUGAAGAUUACAUCAUUACCGGUGGGAAUGAUGGUAAAGUGAACUUUUUCACCCAGUACAUGGAAAAAGUCUUCGCGAUUGACAUGAGCAAGGUGGCGGAGAGUAUCAUAGACGAUCAAGGCAAGCCGGUGUAUGCGUGGAAAAGGAACAGGCGAAUCAUCACUCAAGGUCAUGCCAACGCUGUCGAUCGUACGACAAUGUUGUUUAAUGCGGAACUUUGGGGGUUGGCCUGCCACCCAUCCAAAGCUAAAUUUAUCACCGCUGGCGAUGAUAAAACAGUGCGAACGUAUGACAUGUAUCUCCGAAGACAGAUUAGCGUGAGAAAUGUCGCGAGUCGAGCGCGCUCUUGCUCGUAUAGCCCCGAUGGUAAAUUGAUCGCCGUCGGUUUCUAUGGUGGAGGUUUCAUGGUUUACGAAGACAAAACUGGGACAGAAGUCGUGGCGAAGAAGCACCGUCGCGCGAUAAUUAGCGACGUGAAGUUUAGUCCUGACGGUCGAUGGCUCGCUGUGGCAAGUCAUGACUUUUUUAUCGACAUCUACGAUGCUUCCAGCGGUUUCAAGCGCGCCGGUGUGUGCAAAGGACACAGCGCCCCGGUGACGCACUUGGACUGGAGUGAAGAUAGUAAGUAUCUUCAAACGAACUCGCAAGAUUUCGAGUUGCUUUACUGGGAAAUCCCAACAUGCGAAUUGAUUGAGUUUUCAGCGGCGCUGAAAGACGUGAACUGGGCAACAUGGACGUGCAUCGCGGGGUGGCCCGUGCAAGGCAUUUGGCCAAAGCACAGCGAUGGCACUGACGUCAAUAGCUGCGCGCGAAGUAGCGACAAAAGAACCGUCGCCACGGCGAACGAAGACGGUAUUGUGCGUUUGUUUAGAUAUCCAUGCGACGUCGGACGAGGUGAUCACAAGACGUACGUCGGUCACAGCUUCCACAUCACUAAAUGUUGCUUCAGUUACAACGAUGAAUUCCUCAUUACAGUCGGAGGCGAGGAUCGUACCAUAUUGCAAUGGCGA